UAUUUCCAAAUCAUGUUUCAGACUUUUAAUUGUGUUGAAGUAAAGCCUAGAUUAAAAGCAUCUUUCCUCUCUCAUUGCAUUGUCUUCUCUCAUUUUAGCAUGUGUACACAACUACUGCCAUAAAUGGGACAAACUUUUGUACUUCAGCAAAGGAUGCUGUCUUCAUUCUGGCGAAGAGUUCUGCUGAACUUGCAUCCGUUAGCUGUUUUGGAGAUUUUAUCAUAUUUCUAGGAAAGGUUUUUGUUGUAUGUUUCACUGUUUUUGGAGGAUUGAUGGCAUUUAACUACCACCGGGAGCUGCAAGCUUGGGUAGUUCCUCUGUUGCUGGUUGGAUUUUUUGCCUACUUGAUGUCCCACAGCUUUCUGUCUGUGUUUGAAGUGACACUGGAUACCAUGUUCCUCUGCUUUGCUAUUGAUAUGGAAACAAAUGAUGGAUCUGCAGAGAAGCCAUACUUUGUGGACCAGGAACUGUUGAUGUUUGUGAAUCAAAAUAACAAGUUAACAGACAGGCAAAAACACAGAAGCAUGAGACGGGACAGUGAAGAUGGGACAGAGCUCCAACCCAUGACUUGAAUGGGAAAUGCAUUGGGAAGUACUAAAGCAGAUCAGCAAGAGCAAACAGUUGCAGAAAAAAAGUAAAGGUUACCAACAACCCAGGACAAAGUAACAGUUCUGUAAAUCUUUGCUGUACCCUCUGCACUGGUAAAAUGACAGUCUGUUUGCAUGAAUAAUGUGUUUUGUGUCAGCGCACCUGAUUUUUAUUAAUAGUGUUGUUACAAUGGUGUAUGAAAGUUGUUAAUAAACAAAUUUCUUGUAAGUUUCUAUGCCAUCUAACUUAAAUACAGAAUUGACAGCUUCAGAGCUGUCCUUUUUAUCUUCA